CAGACCAGAAACAAUAAUCAGAUGUGAAGACAUCUUUAAAGCCCCACCUGGAAGAGAUGAACCAAUCAGAACUGUGAUGACAAAGGGAGUGGCUGGCAUCGGGAAAACCGUCUUAACUCAGAAGUUCACUCUGGACUGGGCUGAAGGCAAAGCCAACCAGGACAUCCAGUUCAUAUUCCCAUUCACCUUCAGAGAGCUGAAUGUGCUGAAAGAGAGAAAGUUCAGCUUUGUAGAACUUGUUGAUUACUUCUUUAGUGAAACCAAAGAAGCAGGAAUCUGCAGGUUUGAAGAGGUCCAGGUUGUCUUCAUCUUUGACGGUCUAGAUGAGUGUCGACUUCCUCUGGACUUCCACAACACUGAGAUCCUGACUGAUGUUACAGAGUCCACCUCAGUGGGUGUGCUGCUGACCAACCUCAUCAGGGGGAAUCUGCUUCCCUCUGCUCUCCUAUGGAUAACCACACGACCCGCAGUAGCCAAUCAGAUCCCUGCUGAGUAUGUUGACAUGGUGACAGAGGUCAGAGGAUUCACUGAACCACAGAAGGAGGAUUAUUUCAGUAAGAGAUACAGAGACAAGAAGCAGGCCAUCAAAAUCAUCUCCCACAUCAAGACAUCACGAAGCCUUCAUAUCAUGUGCCACAUCCCAGUCUUCUGCUGGAUCACUGCUACAGUUCUGGAGAAGGUGUGGAAGACCAGAGGGGGAGGAGAGCUGCCCAAGACCCUGACUGAGAUGUACAUUCACUUCCUGGUGGUUGAGUCCAAACUGAACGUUAAAUAUCAUGGGAAAUCUGAAAUAGAUCAACACUGGAGUCCAGAGACCAGAAAGAUGAUAGAGUCUCUGGGAAAACUGGCUUUUGAGCAGCUGCAGAAAGGCAACCUGAUCUUCUAUGAAUCAGACCUGACAGAGUGUGGCAUCGAUAUCAGAGCAGCAUCAGUGUACUCAGGAGCGUUCACACAGAUCUUUAAAGAGGAGAGUGGACUGUACCAGGACAAGGUGUUCUGCUUUGUCCAUCUGAGUGUUCAGGAGUUCCUGGCUGCUCUUCAUGUCCAUCUGACCUUCACCAACUCUGGAGUCAACCUGCUGGCGGAAGAACAAACAACCUCCCGGCUACCUGAAGUCUUCAGAGUCAAACCCAAAUUAAACCAUCUCCAUCAGAACGCUGUGGACAAAGCUUUACAGAGUCCAAAUGGACACCUGGACUUGUUCCUCCGGUUCCUCCUGGGUAUUUCACUGCAGACCAAUCAGGGUUACUUACAAGGUCUGAUGAACUAUGUUGGAAGUAGCUCACAGACCAAUCAGGAAACAGUUGAGUACAUCAAGAAGAAGAUCAGUGAGAAUCUGUCUGCAGAGAGAAGCAUCAAUCUGUUCCACUGUCUGAUUGAACUGAAUGAUGGUUCUCUUGUGGAGGAGAUCCAACAGUCCCUGAGUUCAGGACGUCUCUCCACAGAUAAACUGUCUCCGGCUCAGUGGUCAGCUCUGGUCUUCAUCUUACUGUCAUCAGAAGAAGAUCUGGACGUGUUUGAUCUGAAGAAAUACUCUGCUUCAGAGGAGGCUCUUCUGAGGCUGCUGCCAGUGGUCAAAGCCUCCAACAAAGCUCUGCUGAAAGACUGUAACCUGUCAGAGAGAAGCUUUGAAGCUCUGUCCUCAGUUCUCAGCUCCCAGUCCUCUGAGAGUAGUCUGAGAGAGCUGGACCUGAGUAACAACAACCUGCAGGAUUCAGGAGUGAGGCAUCUGUCACUGGGAUUGGAGAGUCCACACUGCAGACUGGAAGCUCUCAGACUGAGUAGCUGUACAUUGUCAAAGAGAACCUGUAAAGCUCUGUCUUCAGUUCUCAGCUCCCAGUCCUCUAGUCUGAGAGAGCUGGACCUGAGUAACAACUACCUGCGGGAUUCAGGAGUGAAGCAUCUAUCCUCUGGAGUGAAGAGUCCACACUGCAGACUGGAAACUCUCAGGUUGAUUGGCUGUACAUUGUCAGAGAGAAGUUGUGAAGCUCUGUCCUCGGUUCUCAGCUCCGAGUCCUCUAAUCUGAGAGAGCUGGAUUUGUCUAACAACGAGCUGCAGGAUUCUGGAGUGGAGCUGAUUUCUCCUGGACUGAAGAGUCCACACUGCAGACUGGAAACUCUUAGUUUCUCAGGCUGUAUGAUCUCAGAGGAAGGCUGUACUUCUCUGGCCUCAGCUCUGAGAUCCAACCCCUCCCAUCUGAGAGUGCUGGACCUGAGCUACAAUCAUCCAGGAGACUCAGGAGUGAAGCGGCUUUCUGCUUUGCUGGAGGAUCCAAACUGCAGACUGAACACUCUCAGGGUGGACCAUGGUGGACCACAGAGACUGACACCUGGUCCGAGGAAGUAUGUCUGUGAUUUGGAACUAGACUCAAACACAGUACACAGAGAACUCAAACAGUCUGACAACAAAAGGAAGGGGACAGAUGUGGAGGAGGAGUCAUAUCCUGAUCAUCCAGACAGAUUUAACUACUAGCGUCAGCUGGUGUGUAGAGAUGGUCUGACUGGUCGCUGUUACUGGGAGGUCGAGAGGAGAGGAGAGGUUGAGAUAUCAGUGAGUUACAGAGGAAUCAGAAGGAAAGGAGGCAGUAGAGAAUGUUUGUUUGGAUAUAAUGAUCAUUCCUGGAGACUGAUCUGCUCUGAUGAACGUGGUUACUCUGUCUUGCACAAUGACAGAAGAACAGACCUCACUUCCUGCUCUGUCUCUAACAGAGUAGCAGUUUAUGUGGACGUUCCUGCUGGCUCUCUGUCCUUCUACACCGUCUCCUCUGACUCACUGAUCCACCUCAUCACCUUCUACACCACAUUCACUCAGCCUCUCUAUCCCGGGUUUAUGGUCUGGUCUGGUUCCUCAGUGUCUAUGUGUCCUCUGCCGGACUGAGAGUCUCUCCUGUGGACAGAAACACUGACUGAAGACCAGCUGCUGAAAUCAAAGUUCAGUCUGUUCACCAUCACACACUCUGCACUGUGAAGCAGAUCUGAGACUCAAACACAAAAACAUUCAUCUGAUUUCAUCUCUGAUUAUCAACAUUUGAACU